CUUCCGCUUUGCAAUAAUUUUGCAAGUCUGUUCUUGGCGAUUCAUAAUACUUAAAGGCGUUUCUUUACAAUUAAGAUGACUUCACGUAGCAAUGUAGCUGCGAAGAGGUGGGAAAUAACUUUUAUUGUAUAUAGCAUCACAUUGUAGCUUGGCAUAAUUAUGUUAACAUGUUUACUUUUAGCAGUAACAAUGUAUUAGAUGUUGUAUCCAAUGUAAACAAUGGCCAUUAGAUGAAAUUGGCCCAAGUCUAGGUUUUUAAAAAUAAAAACAAAAUGCAGCCCUGGCUAUUUAAAAUAUCUAGCAAAACAAGCAAACUAAAACAAGCUCAAAAUUAUUUAUCAUCAUUGAAAAUUAUUGUUAUUUGCCUUUCAACAUUUUAUAAUUUUAAGUUUAGAAAUAGUAAAGUAAAAAGUUUAGUUAGUAGGCUAAUUUUAAUUAUAUAGUUAUAGUAUAAGUCAUAUAAACUAUAAUAUAAUAAAGCCUAUGCCUACCUAUGGCCUUAAAUAAGUUUUAUAGUAAAGUAAUUAGGAAUACUGUUAUACAAAAUGCCUAUAGUCUCAUCCUACUACCUAUUUAGCAAAACGAAGUCAUUAGUCACAGAGCUGUGCGGAUAACGCUCGCCGUUAUUCACAGAUUUCGGUCUGCCGAUAACGCUCGACAUUAUUCGCAGAAUGUGAUAAAUUAAAUUAUGAAUAUAAAAUACAAAGUUCGUAUGUAAAGAUCUCCUCGGCAGUGUAGUGGUCAGUAUCUCCGCCCGUCACCCGGCAGACAUAGGAUCGAUUCCCUGUCGGGGAAGCCUCAUUUUUAUAAAUAAAAUUUUAAAAAAAAUAUAUUUAAUGGUUAUUUCGUAGUGUUAUAUUAUAAUAAUAUUCUUCAUAUGGCUUUCUUAUUCUGUUCACAUAGUUUUAUUAUUAUUUUCAUAUAGUUUUGUUACUUAUGUUACAAGUUUCAAUCUAUUUUGUUAGAAUGUUCACUCAAGUUUUGUCAAAAAGCUGUAAACAACAUGGACAUGCAGAUGAGCCGCAUAAACCAUGUUUAAGUCAUAAACAGCUGUUCUAACUGUACAUUGUGAUAUACUUUUAGCUCUUUUGACUGUUUAAUUUUCUUUGUAUUAUUCCACUCAUAGACUUUAACAUCCAUUUGUUUUUUCUCUAAUAAACAAAUACUUAUUAAUAGCUUACUUAUUCAAAUAUUUUAGAUCUCAGAGUUGUGUAUUAAUGUUUAGCUGAAAAAAUAUGUCACGUUUUAUUUGUUUCAUUUUAUUUUCUAAUAAGUAUCAUAAUAAGUAGGGACACAAUAUGCCGCUCCAGAAAUAGUUGAAAUAACAUUUAGUGAUGACAAUGAAAUGAACAUACCGGUACCGUACUUAAAACAUAUCAAUAUCAUUGACAUCAACAAUUUUAGCUCUUGUAAAAAAAAUGUUGAUAAUUGAAACAAAAAGCCAUACUGCCACUGUUGUAACUAUGGGUCUAAAUAUAAAAAAAGCAUACAAAAAUUAAUUGGAACCCUGCUGGUCGUAGGAUGCAUUGCGAGUCUUGGGGAAGUAAAGUUCCCUUGGGGCAAUUGAAGGAGCGUUUACAAGUGUGAGUGUAUUGCCAGCGCAAUAACCAGCCAGCUUUACUUUUCCCCAGCUAAGGCCAGAGCUGGGUAGACUUAGGGACACCCUCAAGGAUCAGAAAAAAAUACUAGCCUUAAACAGGAUUAGAUUCUGUUAUUAUCGAUGUAGGGCAUAUAUGCCCCACCCCGUCUCUCAGAUGGCCGCCUGAUGGAGACACCUCUCUGCAUCAUAACACUGUUGCACGGCAUGUCAACUAUUUCUGUCAGAACUUUUCUGGACUACGUGAUAUAUCAUAGUGCUUUAAAAAAACUAAACGAUAUCCUAUCAAGCUUUGACAUCAUUUAAAGACAUCUCUACAGUGGGUGAAAGUGAGUCUACAUGAAGAAUACCGGUACUAUAUUUAUUACUGGUAUAACAUUUAAUAUGAAAUACCAGAAAAUUAUUAGCUAUGUCUAGGAGUAGGAGGUUUGACUGGAUCUAUUAGUAACACUCUAUAGGUCGAAUAUGUUGGCCCCUAACAGAGCAGAUGUAGGCACAAUUAAUCGUCCUAUAUCCAAUAUAUAGGCUAUAGUUAGACCUAUUACAUUUUUUAAAUUUAACUUGUGCAUACCGGUAGCUUCGGUUUUGAGAUGUGUUUGUGCCAUUCUCAUUAACGAUCGAUCUCUCCUACACUACUUUAAACUACACCCCUACCCCGGCUUGGAAUGUGAUCUUAAUUAUUUCUAGAAAUGUGCGUAAUUAUGGGAACAUUUCUGUCUAACAAUAACGCUCUGCAUUAUUCGCAGAUUUUGGUCUGCCGAUAACGCUCGGCGUUAUUUGCAGAUCUCGGUCUGCCGAUAACGCUCAACGUUAUUCACAGAGCUGUGUGGAUAAGGCUUCCCUUAGCAAAAUGGGACCUCAUAUUACACUAAAUUACAGUAUAGUGUAUAGUAUUUUAAAAUAAUGUUAUUUUAAUAAUUUGGCCUCUAACUAUAAUAUUAUAUUAUAAUUUAUAAUAAUGAGUAGUGGAUGGGCAUUGUCAUAGUUCCUACAAUCUACAACACAAUAAUUAAAGUUUAAAAUUAGUAUAAUUAUUUCAUUAUAAAUUUUAAAAAUUUUGUAGGGUAACUGAUUAUCACUUCAACUUUAAUGACUUCAAGAUUCAAGAUGAUUGAAAUUGAAAUUUUAACUUAAUAGAUUGUAUUCUUAAAAUAGACCCAUUCCUACAUUUUAUUCAAAGUUAAACAUAAAUUUUGUGAUUUUUUAAAUUUUUUUUUCUUCAGGGAAGACCAAGUUAAAUUUGCUCAAGGCAGGAUUUCUCUGGUUGAAAAAUACUAUGGUCUCUUGUGUGAUACCUUAGGAUCGGUCAUUCGAAAAUCUGCUAGAUUGAGAGAUAAAGGUCAAUUAGUUGAAGUUUUGUAAUCAAAUUUAAUUUUCAAGACUCAUAUAAAUCAAGGACACUUGCAGUAUCACUCAAUUUUGCUUUGUCACUAUUACUUGUAUGUUAUUAUGCAAUUAUUUUCCUGCAGACUGACACAGUCUAUAAAUUAACUGAAUAAUAAAAGAGUUGUAGACUCAGAGAAGUCAGAGUUAAGUCUUAAGCUUAAAUUAACUCAUCUCCCGUAAAAUUUAAAAAUAAUAAUUGUAACAUGUCAGUUCUAUUGGGCAGUAAAAGCACCUCAUUUUAUCAUAUGUUUAGAGCUAAUUACUAGCAAUAAUUUUUUUUUUUUUUUUUUUUAAUUGUGAGAUAGGAAUAGAUUUAUUAAAUGUUUUGUCAUGAAAUUAUUAAAUAAUUUAUCAUGGAUAAAUUAUAUAUUGCUUAUCUAAUUACAAUUCAAGCAGUUUAAAAGCGAACUAAACAUUUGAGAUCUUAGUUUUGUUUGCAGAAUUCAAGGCUCUUUCCAAUUUUAGCUACAAUUUUGAAGUGUUUAUAUAUCUUUGUCUAAAAAUGCAAUAUGUUGUUUUCUACAAUAAUUCCUUUUUAUUAAUUAAUUUUUCAGGAGAUUUGUUUUCACAACAUUUAAAAGAAUAUGCUGAUAAUGAAAGAAUUAACGGGUCUACCAAAGUAAAUCUUACUACAUUUGCACAGAACUUUUCAGCUGUACAAGAUUACAGACAUGCAGAGGUUUGUGUAUAUGGAUGUCAUUGGCAUGCCAGUCCCAUUGAUUGUGGCUUGUAACUGAUGUAUAAUUUAAACUUCUUUAAGUGGGCCCCAUAACUUGGUCAACUAGAAUGUUCCUGUGCUGGGUUUUUAUGUGCUACGGUACACAUCUUCAUAUAAAAUAAACCCUAUCUUUUUAAUCUAGAAAUUUAUCUGCUUGUUUAAUUGGACAUUAAUUAAUUUACUAAAAUUUACUAAAAACCUGUUCUGUAGCUAAAAACAAUUUAUUUUGUUUUUUGGCCGAUUAAAAAACUAGUCUGUUAAAUGCUUAAUUUCAUAAAAAACAAACCAUGUUUUUCAUCUAUAAAUUCCUAUGCAAGGUUAAUUGGAAAUUUAGCUAACUUUUGUUUUUUUGCUUUUUUUUUGGCAUGUUAAUAAACCAGUCUAUGAAAUACUUUAAAUUCAAAUAAUUUUAUUCGGCUAUUAGUAAUGUUAAUAAAUAAAAAACGUUGACUCAUUAUUUAUCAGGUUCAACGAUUGGAAGAAAAAGUUUUAAAGCCACUCACACGAUAUGGAAAAAUCUGUAAAAAUAUGAAAGUGAGUUUUAAAUGUUAGCCAGUGUGUUAAAUUUUUAUGAAAUUAAAUUAUUUAAUUUUAUUUCUCUAUUUUUAUGAGAAAAGGCUACAUAACUUAUCACAUCUUCUGAUUGCAGUCCAGUGUGCGAAGUAACCAAAAUGCCACAAAAAGUGAAGCAAAACAGUUGGAGAAGUUGGAAAAACUGCAGCAAAAAGGACCAGCAGAUAGCUCAGAACUUGUAUCCUUGAUUUCUAGGGUUUUUCUGGAGCAAAAUUGACUAACUGAAAUUAUUCUUAACCUUUUUUUUUUAAACUACUGAGCUAGAAAUUGAAGCUAGUUGUGAAAGUAACCAUUCCAACAGGUAGACCUGUAUUUAAAUAAUGUGAGAUUUAUCUAUACAACAUUUUCAAUAUUUUUCUAGGAAAUUAAUUUUUACUUAAAGAUAAUGGCAUAGUUGUUGCCAGACCAACAUAAUAAAAAUAAAGAAAGGAAAAGAGGAUAAUUUUUUUUUAAUUUGAUACUUGAUUGUCUUGAAAAAUUGUCAGGUGUUGUUUUGAGGGUUAAAGAUAUUAUCUUAUUACUCUAUAAGUAUUAUAAAUAUUACAAUCAGGGUUUAUAUAAAGUUAAAUAUUUGUUUGAAAAUAUUUUUCUUUAACAGUUUCCAGGUAAAGGUAUGACUAUUGUGUGGUCCUGAAAAGGUGUCUCACAGUCAAACAACCAAAAGGGAUGUAGAAGGAUUAUUUUAAUGACAAAAAGUAUAUUAGGAGCAGUUAUUAUAAGUUGUCGCCUCGUAUCAUAAAUUGUGACUCUUAUCACUAUGUGGACAGCUGGUCAUAGACACAUUUUUAUUUUCAAAUGUUUUUUUUUUUCAUCUCGUUUUUCUCUAGGCUCAGGCAUAUUUACAAAGAAUGAGACAAGUGAGUGGGAAUUUCCAGGAACAGUUGCUAAGUGAAAUGGAUAGAUUUGAAAAGGAGAAAAUCUCAGAUUUAAAGGUAGUUCAAAUGUUAUUAAAAAGGAACUGAUGUAAACGAGAUCUUAAGCUGCUUCAUAUUUUCUCUAUGUUUAAAAAAAUUAUAGAAUAAAGUUUAUUGGCUAGUUUGUUUAGUCCUUUCUGUCUUUUAAGUUCUUAUAGAUUUUAAAGAAAGGGAAUUUGGCACCUGGCAUUCAUGAAGCUUAGUAAGAUGUAAUGCAUUAAUUGUCUAUCAUGAAAAUUUAAUUUUUAGCAAGGCUGUAACAAACAUUAUAUUUUUCAUUAAUAUGAAUAUAAAGAAAGAAACCUUUUUCUACAAGUUAUUAAACUGUAAUAAUUAUUACUUUGGAAAUAAAAUUAACAUUCACAUUCACAAUAAGACAAGAUAAUAUUCUUUAUUGACCCAAAUAAAUGGAAUUUUUUUUUAUAACAAUGUACAUAUUCAUUUUCAGAACAUAGAUGAAUAUUUUUACCAAUGCAACAUCUUUGAAUUAAAACAAUUUAAACACAAGACAUUUUAGUUAUUUUCAAUCACAAAAAUCAGCGGUGAGUGAUGACUUUUUUUCCCCCCUCCAGUCAGUUCUCAGUGAAUAUGUCAAAAUAGAGAUGAUGUUUCAUGCCAGAGCUCUCAAGUAUUUGUCAAAGUGUUACCAAGCAGCCCAG